AUGUCUGUUCGUAACCGAGCUACUGUAGUAACUAAAGAUAAUCCAUUACUAGCUUUAUCGGAAAGUUAUGAUGAAGAAAUUGAACCUUUGUUACGCACAAUUGAUCAAAUUCGAUCAAAAAUUUCUGAUGUUGAUACCACUAUUGAUCUACCAUCGAUCGUCGUCUUAGGUGAACAAAGCUCAGGAAAAAGCAGCGUGCUUGAGGCCUUAUCGGGUAUCAAUUUGCCACGAGGUGGACAGCACAUGACAACAAAAUGUCCAUUAGAGAUACGAAUGCGAAAAGCAAAUAACUGGCAUGCUUCAUUAGAAAGCAAAAAUAAAUUAAUAAAAGAUAAUAUUUCAAAUCACCAUGAUAUUGGCCAUUAUAUACAGAGUGAGCAAGACCGUAUUACACAAGGAAGAGACCAAAUAUCAAAACAAGUUUUAUCAUUGAAUGUUCAAGCGCCAUGGUUACCAAAUUUGACAUUGAUUGAUCUACCGGGCAUUAUUCAGAUAGCAUCAACGAAUCAAGAUAAAUCGUCUGUGCAAAUUAUUGAAGAGCUUAUCGCUGAAUAUCUCAAUAAACCAUCAACAAUCAUCUUGGCUAUUAUACAAAGUAAUAAUGAUAUUGAAACUUCAGCUGCCGUCAAAUUUGCUAAAAUGUAUGAUGCAGAGGGAGAAAGAACAAUUGGAAUAUUAACAAAAGUUGAUUUAGUCGAUCGAGGUGCCGAAGAUAGACUAUUAGACGUUUUUAAUAAUAAACGAAUACCACUAAAACAUGGUUAUCAUAUGGUCAAAUGUCGAACACAGGAAGAUAUUGAUAAUAACAUUGAACUUAGUGAAGCUCUCCGUAAAGAAGAACAAUUUUUUGUUAAAUCAUCAAAAUUCCAAUCGAUACCGUCUGAAAGACGUGGAUGUCCAGCAUUAGCUCGUCUAUUAACAAAAGAACUUGUUCACAAUAUAAAACAUUCCAUUCCACGUUUGACUGAAUGUUUACGCUUAAAAAUACAAGAUAUCGAACAACAAUUUCAUAAUCAUGGUAUCGAUGACUAUAAUCUAUUAACAACUGAAUUAAGAACAAAACAUAUAACAGAAUUGUUAUUUACAUCAAUGCAAAAAUUUCGAACAGAACUACACAAAGUGGAAGAAGGUGCCCAAAUUAAUAAUCCGUUAUACCAUCUCAUUCAUGAAAUGAACGAUGAUUUUUAUAAUAAAAUGCAUCAAGCAAAAAUCGAAGAAACCAAUUUAAUUAGUCUUAUUAAAGAAGCAAUGUACGCAUGUCAGGGUCCAGAACCAAGUGAUUAUAUUUUAUUUCGUGUAACAAAGACCGUAUGUCUAAAUUAUAUUAAAAAUAUUCGUCAACCGAUGGAAAAAUAUCUGGGUACAAUGAUUGAAAAAACAAAUCAUGUAAUAUCAAAUAUAAUCGAAAAAUUUUUCUAUCUUCGACCAAAUUUAUUACAACGAAUGUAUAAUCUUCAUGAUGAACUUGAAAAAAAAUUGAAAAUUGAUUGUUAUACCGAAUUAGAAUUGUUGUUAGAAAUGGAAGAAGCAUUUGUAUACGCUGAUAAUCACAUUUAUCGUGGGACGUUGCAGCAAAUGAAACAAGAUAUACGUAUAAAAGAUCCAUUAACAACAAACGCAAGAACUGUAUAUUCAGCACUACCUUCAACAACAGUAACAACAUCAGCAUCAUCAUUGAAACGUCAAAACGAUGGUACAAAUGAUGAAUCACCAUCUGCAGCCAAAAUAUUGCGAACAAAUGCAAAUCAAUCAUCUGUACCACGUAGCAGUUUUGUUUCAACAUAUACUCGUCCACAUACUAAUUCUGUCUCUUCUUCUAUUGGCACAACAAAUUUAAUAACGUCAUCAUCCAAUAAUUCGAUUUUUCAAACUUCUUCAUCCGAUUUAACUGAAGAAAUUCUUGAAUAUAAAAUUCGAAUAUUGGCAACAUGUGAUAUUAUUUGUAAACGUAUUAUUUUAUCCUAUCCACAACGUUGUGAAUGGUUAAUUGUUCGAAAACAAUUUCAACAACUUGACUUAAAAUCAUCAAUAUUAAAUAAUAUUAGCUUAGAAAAUCUUGACGUUUUGAUGGCUGGUGAUCCGGAAACAGAGAAAAAACGUGGAGAAUUAAUUCAAAAACGGAACGUGUAUGAAGAAGCUAUUAAAUAUUUACAAAAAAUUGGACAAAAUCCUCGAACAUGA